UUGUUAAUUGUAUCAUUUAAACAGCUGAUAUGAUUAAGAAUAUUUUAGACAAAAUCAUUGACGAUACUCUAAAAACAAUGCGAUGAAAAAGAAUUGAAAAAUCAAAUUUGUUUCUCGAUGCGUGAGAAUAGUAUUUGUGUUUCAUUUGACAUUAUAAAUGUCGAUUUAACAUAGAAUUUACUUUCAAAUAGUGUCAAAAAGUAUCACGUUUCUCGUAUUAUGUAAUUUUCUAAGUAAUAUGUGCGUUACUUCUUAACAUAUUCAUCUUGGGUUAAAUCAACACAGAAAUUUGGUUGGACCGUGAAAUUAGCACAAAAUUUUUUACCAUACACGUCGAAAUUUAAUUCUCUGUUUCCGAUUCUCCGUAUUUAAUUCCCUGUUCCUUAUUCUUUUCAUCAUCGUCCAAGUACUUUCUUUUCUUACUUUUACAUCGUGUCUUCUCUCUCUCUCUCUCUCUCUCGCUCUCUCUCUUUCCUCGCACACAAGGGACCCCGAGUGCCGGGGGUUUACGUCGCCGGGACGGCAGAUGUCAGGAUGCCAGAGCAAAGCAACGACUAUCGCGUGGUCGUGUUCGGGGCGGGCGGCGUCGGCAAGAGUUCGCUCGUGCUGCGUUUCGUGAAAGGAUCUUUCCGCGAGUCCUACAUACCGACCAUCGAGGACACUUACAGACAGGUGAUAAGUUGCGAUAAAAACAUAUGCACACUUCAAAUCACGGAUACAACGGGAUCCCAUCAGUUUCCCGCUAUGCAACGGCUCUCCAUAAGCAAAGGUCACGCCUUCAUCUUGGUGUACUCGGUGUGCUCCCGGCAAAGUCUCGAGGAACUGCGACCGAUUUGGGCCGUGAUAAGGGAACUGAAGGGCCAGGAUAUCUCGCAGAUACCAAUUAUGCUGGUCGGCAACAAGUGCGACGAGAGCCCUUCUGUUCGAGAGGUAUCGAUGAGCGAGGGUGCGGCCGAGGCUGCUAACUGGGGCUGCGGCUUCCUCGAGACCUCCGCCAAGACGAAUCACAACGUCGACACUCUGUUCCGGGACCUGCUCACCCUCGAGAAGAACCGCUCGGUGUCGUUACAGCCGGUGCAGAGCAACCACGCGAUCAGACUCAAGGAGAAGUGCGUCGUCAUGUAAUCCGCCGAUGUGUGUGUGUAUCCAGCCGCGUGUCGCGAGCGGAGAAGAGAGAGCUCGGGGCGAGGUUCGACCGAGAGGAUGCCGUUGGUGACCCGGUUCGCCCCCAGGAAGUCCCGGGAGCUCCCGAAACCCGCCGAACGGCCGUCCAAGGAGCCUUUUCGGCCGGACGACGGCCGACCUCCCCGAGAGAGACUUUCGUCGUCUUCAGUUCCCGUUAAACGCUCCCCGUAGAUCGCCCGAGCAUCGCGUCGACAUAUGAUUUCUCUCCUCCUCGUGCUGAGAGGAUCGGGGAUUCCCGCUCUCUUAUUUUCCUUUCUUCCGACUCCGCCGUGUGGGAUCGUACGCGAUCAUCCCGAAGGUCGACCGGCGAAGCUCGACCUGGACAAGAGGAAGCGGAAACUACGACCACUGUCGCCGAGAACAUCGCCCUGUUAUCGUCAUCACCGCCACCACCACCUUAUUAUGGUUGCGUGUCUCUCUCGGCGCCAGAAACACGCUGGUGCGUGUGAUCGUAACCGGAACUCGAAGGGGAUACGACGAUCGUCGUCGACCGCCGCUUGUCCACUCGUCGGAGUCUCACCCGGUAUAUUUUCUAGGGAAGAAGGAGGGGCUGGGAUUUACUUGUCGCGAAAGGAGGAAUACUCACUCUCGCUCUGCGUCAGUUACAUAUCUUUUCUAAGGUAUCUUACCGUAUGUAUGUGUGUCAACUUGUCGAUAUUUUUUAUCUUGAAUAUUUCUUAUACGAAUAAACGAGGUACAGCCGCAUCGACAUCGAUUACUAUUAUUAUCUCGGUAAUUGCUAGCAGUAUAAUGGUAAUAAUAACGAAAUAAGUCGCGAUCGACGAUCUCGAUUCGUCGAGAAAGGGUGGGAGAGGGGGGGAGAGGUGUAUUCGCAACGAUUAGAGUCUUAGAUAGAAGGGGGUGGAAUCGAGUGGGGAGAAGCCACAUUGAAUUCGAUGCAUCGAAAAUACGCCGUUUUUUUCCAUGGAGAUAAGGAGGAGGGAGGCUCAAAUUGUCGUUAUGGAUUGCGCUUUAGUUGGGAUACGUUGUGAUGUCAAGCUUUUGCUGAUUGAUAAGCAAAUGCGACGACGCAACGCUCGAGCAUUCACGAGAAAUUCGCACGUGAAGUUCUCUUCGCGCGUUCGAGUUUUCGUCCGGAUUUUCUUUCUUCUCGACGUGAAUUUUUGCGAAAUGUUAGUUUCAAUAACGAUCAGGCAUGGCAUGAACAAUUUAUAUAAUUUAUAUAAGUACGCCAAGAAAUUAUAAUUUAACGUGAUCAACGUAUGUAAUAUUUCUCACACGCAUAUCUUAAUGGAAUAUGUAAAAAUGUAAAAAUGUAAAAAAUUCGACAUAUGUGUCUUUCACUUUGUUUCAUCGGCUGCCAUUAGCUGUACGACUAACUUUUCAAAGACGUUUCAUUACAUUUUACACACAACUUGAUUAGUUAGAGGAAACAUUUUGUGCAAUAAACUUUACGUGCUACUUGAUAGGUUGGUAGAAAAUGUCGCCACGAUAGUAUCGCAAUGCCGGCUAAGUGCCGACGACCGUCAAAUAAAUUAUUUAAUCCGUACUUUUCACUUGGCUAAACUACACUUGAAAUUCCGUAAUUUUACAAUUUUACAAUUUAUUUUUCGGCGAAUCGGAAGAUAAAAUUCACAGCGCAAAAUUCGCAGGAUAACCGAGCGCAUACCAGUCUCUAAUAUUUCUGCCGUUUCUCCGAGCUGGCGAUCAGAACGAUGAGAGCAAAGUCCUCCGUAAAUAUUUCGAAAGCUCCACAUUCGUGAACUUCGGAAGAUUUUCCACUUACGAAGAAACAGAACGGUCACACUUCGCGAUUCCUCGCGAAUUUCGCGAGAUCCGCGAGAACCACAGCGCGAAUAUUCCGCGUCUUUUUUUUUCUAAUUUUUUUUCACCCAAUUUUUAUUAUUAAUAAUA